AUGAAUAAAUGGGAAAAAGACUUAGCCUUCUCACCCAACACCGACCUCUGGAAGGAAAUCUACACCCUGGUUGAAUAUGAUGAUUUGCCAGAUCUUUUGACUUUUCCUCAAUGGCUUCUUGGGAUUGGAUGGUCCACCACACUGGCUCUGGCACGUUGUGGGGCAGAGGUCACGGCUGUCACACACACUAAAGCUGACCUGGAUAGCCUAGUGCAGGAGUGUCCCUCCAUUAAGCCGGUAUGCGUGGACCUGUCGGACUGGGAUGCAACAGAGCGGGUGCUGGGAGAUGUUGGUCCAGUGGAUCUGCUGGUGAACAAUGCAGCCUUUGCUAAACUUCAGCCAUUUUUGGAGGUCACGCCAGAUCAGUUUGACAUGUCUUUUAUUGUCAAUGUGAAAGAUACACUUCAUGUUGCUCAAGUAAGAAAAAACAAAAUGAUGGCCAGAGGAAGUGGGGGAUCCAUUGUGAACAUCUCUAGCCAGGCUCAACAGUCUGCUCUUAAAGACCAUGCUCUCCAUUUUCUGAGCUGCUCUCUUGAGAGCAUGAAUGUGAUCAUUGUACCAUGUGAAGGUGCCACAAAAGGAACUAUGGACAUGCUGACUAAAGUGAUGGCGCUGGAUUUGGGGCCAUAUCAGAUAAGAUUAAACUUAAAAGUGUAUCCAACCAUGGUGAUGACAGACAUGGGUAAGAUUGGAUGCAGUGACCCAGAAAAGGCCAAAAGCAUAACAUCACGUAUCCCUCUGGGGAAAUUUGCAGAAGUGGAUGAUGUGGUCAGCGCCAUCCUCUUCCUCCUCCGCUAUAAGAGUGCCAUGACCAAUGGGGUGAUGCUGCCAGUAGAUGGGGGGUUUUCUGGCCUGCUAAAACUGAUCAUGGUGUUUCAUCAUGUUGUUUGGAGAUCAUCCCUCUAA